UGGCCUUCCCUGGUCUCGCAGCUCCGCACCGUGUGCCGUCGCCCCGUCCCCGUGCGCCCCGGCCGGCCGAGCAGCGGGCCCUCGCGGCGGGCGCCAUGCAGCGGGCGCGCCCCGCGCUCUGGGCCGCGGUGCUGACCGCGUUGGCGCUGCUCCGCGGGCCGCCGGUGGCGCGGGCCGGCGCCGGUUCCGUGGGCACCGGCCCCGUGGUGCGCUGCGAGCCGUGCGACGCGCGUGCGCUGGCCCAGUGCGCGCCUCCGCCCACCUCGCCCCCGUGCGCCGAGCUGGUGCGCGAGCCGGGCUGCGGCUGCUGCCUGACGUGCGCGCUGCUCGAGGGCCAGCCGUGCGGCGUCUACACCGAGCGCUGCGGCUCCGGCCUCCUGUGCCGGCCGCAGCCUGGCGAAGUGCGUCCGCUGCAGGCGCUGCUGCAAGGCCGCGGGUCCUGCGUGAACGCCAGCGCCGCCGGCCGCCUGCGAGCCUACCUGCUGCCGGCGCCGUCCGCGCCAGGGAACACCAGUGAGUCAGAGGAGGAGCAUGGCACGGGGGCCGUGGAGGGCCAGACCAUGCCCAGCACGCACCGGGUGCCCGACUCCAAGUUCCACCCCCUGCACGGCAAGAUGGACGCCAUCAAGAAGGGCCAGGCCAAGGACAGCCAGCGCUACAAGGUCGACUACGAGUCACAGAGCACGGACACCCAGAACUUCUCCUCCGAGUCCAAGCGGGAGAUGGAAUACGGCCCCUGCCGGCGUGAGAUGGAGGACACCUUGAACCACCUCAAGUUCCUCAACGUGCUGAGCCCCCGCGGCGUGCACAUCCCCAACUGUGACAAGAAGGGCUUCUACAAGAAGAAGCAGUGCCGCCCCUCCAAGGGCAGAAAGCGGGGCUUCUGCUGGUGCGUGGACAAGUACGGGCAGCCCCUCCCGGGCUACAACACCAAGGGCAAGGACGAGGUGCACUGUCUGGGCCUGCAGAGCCAGUAGCCGCCACGCAGCCACUUCUCCUGGAGCUCCAAUCCGCCUUACUUUGCACAAGAGACUGCCAGGGCCACGGCCUCCGCUCGGAUCUCUCUGUGGUGAACUGAUUUUCCUCAAACCAAAGUUCAAAAGUUCUGGAAGCACCUGUGGUUCCGGAGAUGCCCACCAGGGCACCUCCCCGCCCCAGAGCCCCACACCCCGCCGGUCCCCUCCCCACGGAGCCCGCCCCACUGUGCGCUUCCCUCCGCCCCGAAGGCCCCGACCGCUGUGCUGCCCGGCACAGAGCACACUUCAUACCACCCUCCACGAUCCCGAUCCGUAGGGAGCCCCUGAACCCCAGUCAUCUGGAGACCCCUGGGGGGCCGCCGAGCUCCCAGUGGGAGAGGUCAGAUGUAGUCUGACUGUUCAAACAGAAACGACCCCCCGGGAAUUCACCGGGCAGCUCCGGGGGCCGCGGGCGGGAGGGGCAGGUGGCAGCCAGCGCCAGCCUCCCUGUCCAGGUGCCCCCGUGACGACGCCAUUCUUCAGAUGCCUGUAGAGAACAGCCUUUGCCACGCACCGGCUCCUGGGACAGGUCUGUGUCUGAGGAUCAGCUCCGGGAAGAGCAAGACGCCUGCGUCCCCAUCACUCACCUAUCUAACCGGGCCGGAGGGGUGGCUCACCGGCGGCUGGGCAGCGGGGGCCGCUCUCGCCCUUUUCUUUGUAAUUCACACAUGUAAGCAGAGAAGCCACGCUCCUGAUUCACUGUUCACAUUGUAUGCAACGUAGCCCGAGUAUAACCGGAUCUGUGCUAGCCAUUCCUAGGUGAGACGCUGGAGAAGCUGCGUGCCCGGCCGGCUCUCCCGGCACCCUGCCUGCCUGCUGGCUUCUCUUUAUUUUUUUAAUUAAGUUUUCGGGGGAAAAAGUAUUUUUGAAAAGUUCAUCUUGCAGUGUAUUUAUAAAUAGUAAAUAAAGUUUUUACCAUUACAACCGAA